AUGUCCACCAACAUUGCUUGCAUCUGGUCACUCCCAGGGCAGAGCGGCCUGGGCAAGUCCACGAUGGUGAACACGCUGUUCAAGUCCAAGGUGUGGAAGACCACCCCGCCAGGCCUGGUGGGGCCCAUGCCCAAGACACUGCAGCUGCACUCGGUGACCCAUGUCAUCGAGGAGAAUGGUGUGAAACUCAAGCUGACCUUGACUGACACACCAGGCUUCGGGGACCAGAUCAACAAUGAUAAGUGCUGGGACCCUAUCCUGGGCUACAUCAAUGAACAGUACGAGCGAUACCUGCAGGAGGAGAUCCUUAUCACCCGCAAACGCCACAUCCCCGACACCCGGGUGCACUGCUGUGUGUACUUCGUGCCGCCUACUGGGCACUGCCUGAGGCCCCUGGACAUUGAGUUCCUGCGGCGGCUGUGCCAGACUGUGAACGUGGUGCCCGUGAUCGCCCGGGCCGACAGCCUGACCAUCGAGGAGCGAGAGACCUUCAGGCGCAGGAUCCAGCACAACCUGAAGACUCACUGCAUCGAUGUGUACCCACAGCAGAGCUUUGAUGAGGACGUCAAUGACAGGAUCCUCAACAGCAAAAUCCGGGAACGGAUCCCCUUUGCUGUGGUUGGGGCUGACCGAGAGCACCUGGUGAACGGGAGGUGUGUGCUGGGCCGGAAGACGAAGUGGGGCGUCAUUGAAGUGGAGAACAUGGCUCACUGUGAGUUCACCCUCCUGAGAGACCUGCUCAUCCGCUCCCACUUACAAGAUCUGAAGGACAUCACCCACAAUGUCCACUACGAGAACUACCGCGUCUGCAGACUCAACGAUAGCCAUGUACUGCCCCGCGGGCCUGGCUGGGUGAACCUGGCCCGGACCCCCCCCAGCUCCCCAGUCAUCGCUGGGCCCUCAAAGGUCGGCCGACGGCGGAUCCAUGACAAUACCACAGAGGAGUACUGAGCGUGGACAUACCCCAGGCCUGCGAGACUCCCCGAGUGCACAGCCCCCCAACAUACACCUGUGUAUUAGAGAGCAUGUAUUAAAGGUGGAGGUUUCUUUGUAGAAAAAGCUGUGCUUUGAGAACAAAAGGCAUUUUGUAAAUGACUUCUUUGGGCUAUCCUCAA